GGGUCAGAUAUCCACUCUUCAAGAAGCCCUCGAGAGAACCAGGCAUUUAUCACCGGUCGAGCCUCAUUGCAGUCCUUGAGAAACCCGGAGGAGGCCAUCACGUUUUCAUCACCUCUCUCUCUCUCUGUCCGAUGCGUGCUUCGACCACGAGCGCAUCAAUGGAGGACGGCGGCAACGGUAACGAUGUCGAUGUGCCAGUCCAUUUCCUUUGCCCCAUCUCCUUGCAGCUCAUGAGAGAUCCCGUCACCGCCUCCACCGGCAUAACCUACGACCGGGAGAGCAUCGAGCGGUGGCUGUUGGCGUUCAAGAGCAGCACUUGCCCCGUCACCAAGCAGCCGUUGAGCUCCGACGCCGACCUCACCCCGAACCACACCCUCCGCCGCCUUAUCCAGGCCUGGUGCACCCUCAACGCCUUCGAGCGCAUCCCCACCCCGAAGCCGCCCCUCGACAAGGCGGCCAUUGUCAAGAUCCUCGACGACGCCAAGAAGACCCCCCGCGCGAGGCUCGCGUGCCUCCAGCGGCUCCGGUCCAUCGCCCUCGAAGGUGACGGCGCGAGGAACAAGAAGUGCUUGGAUCAAGUCUCGGCUGGGGUCGUUGAAUUCUUGGCUUCGAUCAUCAAGAACGACGAGUCAACGCUCGUCGAGGUCAUUGAUUCGAGCGAUGGUACCGAGCUGGCACGAGCGAGCGAUGAGGCACUCAACGUCCUAUGCCAUCUGAAUGUCUCCGGAUCGGAUCUCAAGAGGCUGAUGAUCAAUGACGAUCUCACGGGAUCGCUGAUGCGUGUGCUCAGAAGCGGAAGCUAUCAAUCUAGGGCAUACGCGACGAUGAUCCUGAAGUCAGCCUAUGAGGCGGCGGAUCCAAUCCAACUGAUGAACGUCGGAUCCGAAUUCUUCGGCGAGCUGGUCAGAGUGCUCAAGGACCAGAUCUCACAGCAGGCAUCGAAGGCCGCACUGAAGUUAUUGGUGGAGCUCUGCCCGUGGGGGAGGAACCGGAUCAAGGCGGUCGAGGGCGGUGCGGUCCCGGUCCUGGUCGAGCUCCUGCUCGACACAAACAGCGCAUCGGCAGACUCGAAGCGGGCCUGCGAGCUGAUCCUGAUGGUGCUGGACCUGCUGUGUGGGUCCGCAGAGGGGAGGGCGGAGCUGGUGGCGCAUGGAGCGGGGCUUGCGGUGGUGGCAAAGAAGGUACUGAGGGUGUCGCAUGCGGCGAGCGACCGCGCGGUGAGAAUACUGGCAUCGGUGUCGAGGUUCUCGGCGAGCGCUCGGGUGCUGCAGGAGAUGUUGCAGGUCGGGGCCGUGGCGAAGCUGUGCCUGGUGUUGCAGGUGGACAGCGGGUCGAGGACGAGGGAGAGGGCGAGGGACAUUCUCAGGUGGCACUCUAGGGUUUGGAGGAGCUCUCCCUGCGUUCCUCUUCACUUGCUCCCGUCUUUUCCAACGCCAUCUUCUUGAGAAGAAAGAGAAAAAAGGAAUGAUCAAGCCAUGUGUACAGAUUCAUAUACGGGGGUGGAAAUUUUGGUGCUUGUUUUCUUUCAUCGUUAUCAGAGCCUCUUUGGAAUUCUGUUCCAAUACGAUAGACAGACUGAAAGUCUACUGAAAGCUUCGUUUUCCUUUUCCUUCAAUGACAUAAAACUCACCUUCGGUGGAAUAUCUGGGGAGCUGGUAACGUCGUAAAUGGCAAUAGAGAGUUGAUCUUGUUGCUGUC